AUGGCCUUUGCAGCCUCCCUGGCUGACCUCCAAGCAGAGGCCAGCUGCCCCAUCUGCCUGGACUACCUGAGAGACCCAGUGACCAUUCACUGUGGGCACAACUUCUGUCUCUCCUGCAUCCACCAGUGCUGGGAAGAACUACAGGACAUCUUCCCCUGUCCCAUCUGCCUCCACCACUGCCCUGACAGGAGCUUCAAGAAGAACCCCCAGUUAGGUCACCUGACUGAUAUUGUUAAGCAGCUUCCCACCACGAGCAGCAAGAGGAAAGGGCAGGAAGAGAAGCCCCUGUGUGAGAAGCACAAUCAGGUUCUGGCCCUGUUCUGUGAGGAGGACCUGGAGCUGUUGUGUCCCCAGUGCAGGGUCUCCUCUGACCACCGGGAUCACCCCCUGACGCCCACUGAACAAGCUGCAGCUAGUCACAGGAGGAAGCUCAGAAGCUACAUCAAGCCCCUGAAGAAGCAGGUUGAAGAUGCUGAAAAGAAGUUAGAAAUCCAAAUUUCAAAAUCAUUUGAAUUGCAGGGAAAGGUGAAGAUUCAAAGGGGGGAAUUAGACUCCGAUUUUAAACAAUUUAAGAGUUUCCUUAGAAAAGAGAAUAAUUUAAUUAUUUUCAAAUUACAGAUUGCAGAGAAUGCUGUUCAAGAAAAACUGAAUGAAAACAAAGUAAAAUUCUCAGAGCAUGUGUCCACACUAAAAAAGCUUCUGUUUGAAACAGCAGAAAUGUGUGAGCAGUCAGACCUGGAUAUACUCACAGGUAUUGAAAGUAUCUAUAACAAAUGUGAAAACCUGAACACCCCAGCCUUCUUUUCAUAUGAAUUCAAGGAAAAAUGUUUCAGUCCUUAUGAGCAAUAUUUUAGUUGUUCAUACAAUUAA